AUGGAUCCGAAACCUCUUGCUAUUGCUGGUGUAUUAUGCUUAGGCUUAGGCUUAAUUCUGAGCAGCAGUAAAAAGAACACUUCUGAGCUUCUACGUCGAGCUAUACUCGUGAAUGACCUGAAAGGGUUGGGGGAAUGUCUUGAAGAUAAUAAGGAGAUAGAAAACCUCACUGUUUUGGUAUGUGGAACAGUUGGAUCAACCUCGACCGUGGAGAACAGCUGUUUGGGAGUUUUCAUCAAGGAAACGAUGAAUACCUUUGGUUCAAAAAAAAAGAACGCAUUUGGUUCAGUAGAACCGAAAUCUGAAACCAUUACGGUGAGCCGUAAGGAAGUUCCUUGGUAUUUGGAUGAUGGUACUGCUCGAGUGUAUGUAUGUGAUUACCAAAAUGCCAAAGGAUUUUAUAAUACAUUAAAAGAGUACUUCUCUACUGAAUCAGUGAUUACAUACUUUAAAAUCAUUCAUUCUGAAUUGAUCAAAAAAAGAAACAGAAACAUUCAUUCUGAUGGCAAAGAAAAAAUGCUGAUUACUGAUGUUGAUUGUCGCAAGUGUGUGCAAGUUCUUGAGAUUGGCACGUAUUUGACGGUUGUUGGUAGGGCUGUGAGAGACAAAGAUGGUUCUCCCAUGGUAGAACAGGCAUAUCAGUUCUUCAAUGGACAUAUACAACUUGACGAAUUUGUUACUGAUCUGGAAUCAGAUUCGGAGGGCGAUGGGACUUUAUCGUUCUGCGUAAUGGCUCUGGGUGCGGUUUUGCUCGGUCUGAGCAUAAUGCAAAUUGAUGUUGAUGGUAAAGGAUCGCAAUGA